CAACCUCUUCAACUCUCUCUGUUACUCUGUGGUGAGUGUCUAAUUUGCUAGCCUAUAUAGAAGGAAAGGAAGGAAGAAAGAUGCCGAUGGCUCCAAUAAUCAGUAAAUGCACCAAGAAAGAAGUGAACAGAGGAACAUGGACAGCUGAAGAAGAUGAGAAACUUGCCAAAGUCAUUGAAAUCCAUGGCCCAAAGAGAUGGAAGAUGAUAGCAGCCAAAGCAGGGUUGAAUAGAUGUGGGAAGAGUUGCAGACUUAGAUGGAUGAAUUAUCUUAGACCCAAUAUAAAAAGAGGCAACAUUUCAGACCAAGAAGAGGACUUGAUACUCAGGCUUCAUAAACUGCUUGGAAACAGGUGGUCCUUGAUUGCUGGUAGAUUACCAGGAAGAACAGAUAAUGAAAUCAAGAACUACUGGAAUUCUCAUUUGAGCAAAAAAAUAAAGCAAAAUGAGAAGAAAAAUGAAGGAUCAGCAGCAUUAGAGUCGAUCCAAAAUUCGAAACUAAACAAGCAAAUUGAUGGUAUAGCAGAGAAACCAGAAGAAGGUUGCUCCAAUAGAGAUACAGAGUCCACGCCUAACUUCAUUGGGGAUGCCUUGUUUAGUUUUUGUAAUGAGGAGCCUCUUGAUUUGGGGUGGAUGAAUCAAUUCCUUCAAAUGGAUGACAGUUUGUUUAGUAUUUUGUAAUAGUAGUUUGAAUUUUGAAAUUUGCUUGUGAUGUAAUCAUGUUUUCAUAUGUCUUGGGUGUUGGGGUUUCCCAGAAAGCUUUUGCUAAUCCAAGGAAAAAUUCCACCCGAGGAAUUCCAUAGCUUCUCAUCAUCAUGCUAUGCAAAGUAGACGGGGUUUUUCCUUGGAUUAACAACUGAUAAUCAAUGUGUUUUUGAUUU